GAGAGCCCCCCGGUGGGGACGGCCGAGGAGCGCGCCCUUCCCCCCGCGCGCUGAUUGCUGUGGCGCCCUGCCCGACCCCGCCCGCGCGUGUGCGAGCUGGGGCCAGCGCGCCGGGUCGGCCCGAUGGGGUAAUCGAGGGUUUCGGGGACGCCGAGCGGCACUUUCCUCCUCCCAGCGAGUGAGGGAGGGACGUCUGCGCUCUCCGCCCGGCCGCUUUCUCCGCGCGAUCCCCCGAGCUCCCUGCAGGAGGUGAAAGUCCCCGGCGGGUCCGGAUGGCGUAGUUGCGCCGCGGCGCAGCAGCUGCCGAGCUCGCGGCCGCCGAGCGCUGGGCGGGGAAACUUUGCUCUGCCGUCCUCCGGCUUGCCGCGAGUGGGUCUCCGCUUGACACGCCGCCUCCGAGGCGAUUUGAAAAUUGCUAAGAGGACUUAUAAGACCACUUUUGAUCUGCAAAGAUCGUCUGCUUUCUGAAGAACAGCAGGCAGAGGUGACUGGACGAGACACACUGUUGGAGAAUAAAAAUGACUUCCCAUUACGUGGUCGCCAUGUUUGCCCUGAUGAGCUCCUCUUUAGCCAUGGCAGGUCCAGAGCCCAGCACCCAGUGUGAACUGUCGCCUGUCAAUGCCUCCCACCCUGUCCAGGCCCUGAUGGAGAGCUUCACCGUGCUGUCGGGCUGUGCCAGCAGAGGCACGACCGGGCUGCCACAGGAGGUUCACGUCCUGAACCUGCGCACCGCGGACCAGGGGCCCGGCCAGCCGCAGGGAGAGGUCACUCUGCACCUGAACCCCAUCUCCUCGGUCCACAUUCACCACAAGCCUGUCGUGUUCCUUCUCAACUCCCCGCAGCCCCUGCUCUGGCAUCUGAAGACGGAGAGACUUGCCACCGGAGUCUCUAGACUUUUCUUGGUGUCUGAGGGUUCUGUGGUCCAGUUUUCAUCAGGAAACUUCUCCUUGACAGCAAAAACAGAAGAAAGGAACUUCCCCCAUGGAAAUGAACAUCUGUUGAAUUGGGCCCGAAAGGAAUACGGAGCAGUUACCUCAUUCACAGAACUCAAGAUAGCAAGAAACAUAUAUAUUAAAGUGGGGGAAGAUCAAGUGUUCCCUCUCACGUGCAAGAUAGGGAAGAAUUUUCUCUCACUCAAUUACCUUGCUGAGUACCUUCAACCCAAAGCAGCAGAAGGGUGUGUGAUGUCCAGCCAGCCCCAGGAUAAGGAAGUACACAUCAUCGAGUUACUCAUGCCCAACUCUAACCCCUACAGUGCUUUCCAGGUGGAUAUAAUAAUUGAUAUAAGACCUUCUCGAGAGGAUCCUGAGGUGGUCAAAAAUCUCAUCCUGAUCUUGAAGUGCAAAAAAUCUGUCAACUGGGUGAUCAAAUCUUUUGAUGUUAAAGGAAACCUGAAAGUUAUUGCUCCUAACAGUAUUGGCUUUGGGAAAGAGAGUGAAAGAUCCAUGACAAUGACCAAAUCAAUAAGAGAAGACAUUCCUUCAACCCAAGGGAAUCUGAUGAAAUGGGCUUUGAACAAUGGCUACAGUCCAAUAACAUCAUACACCAUGGCUCCUGUGGCUAACAGAUUUCACCUUCGGCUUGAAAACAAUGAGGAGAUGAGAGAUGAGGAAGUCCACACUAUCCCUCCUGAGCUACGGAUCCUGCUGGACCCUGGCACCCUGCCCGCACUGCAGAACCCUCCCGUCCGGGGUGGGGGAGGCCGAAGUGGAGGCCUCCCCUUUCCUUUCUCAGAUAUCUCUAGGAGAGGCUGGAGGGAAGGGGGAGAAGAUGGGAUCUCCCGGCCGAGGGACCCUGCCAUCCCCAGCAUACAGCUGUUUCCUGGCCCCAGAGAGCCAGAAGAGGUGCACGGAAGCAUGGAUGUUGCCCUGUCAGUCAAAUGUGACAACGAGAAGAUGAUCGUGGCUGUAGAAAAAGAUUCUUUUCAGGCCAGUGGCUACUCGGGGAUGGAGCUCACCUUGCUGGAUCCUGCCUGCAAGGCCAGGAUGAACGGCACCCACUUCGUGCUGGAGUCUCCCCUAAAUGGCUGCGGUACUCGGCACCGGCGGUCGGCCCCCGAUGGUGUGGUUUACUAUAACUCUAUUGUCAUACAGGUUCCAUUCCCUGGGGAUAGUAGUGGUUGGCCAGAUGGUUAUGAAGAUUUGGAAUCAGGUGAUAAUGGAUUUCCAGGAGAUAUGGAUGAAGGAGAUGCUUCCUUACUCAGCUGGCCUGAAAUUGUGGUGUUUAAUUGCAGCCUGCGGCAGGUGAGGAAUCCCACUAGCUUCCAGGACCAGCUCCACGGAAACAUCACCUUCAACAUGGAGCUCUACAACACUGACCUCUUUCUGGUGCCCUCCCAGGGGGUCUUCUCUGUGGCAGAGAACGGACACGUUUAUGUUGAGGUAUCUGUUACUAAGGCUGACCAGGAACUGGGAUUCGCUAUCCAAACAUGCUUUAUAUCUCCGUAUUCGGACCCUGAUAAGAUGUCUGAUUAUACCAUCAUUGAGAACAUUUGUCCUAAAGAUGAAUCUGUGAAAUUCUAUAGUCCCAAGAGAGUGCACUUUCCUAUCCCACAAGCCGAGAUGGAUAAGAAGCGAUUCAGCUUCAUCUUCAAGCCCAUCUUCAACACCUCACUGCUCUUUCUACAGUGUGAGCUGACGCUCUGUACCAAGAAGAAGGACCCCCAGAAGUUGCCUAAGUGCGUGCCGCCCGAUGAAGCCUGCACCACGCUGGAUGCCUCGAUGAUCUGGGCCAUGAUGCAGAAUAAGAAGACGGUCACCAAGCCCCUGGCUGUGGUCCACCACGAAGUUGAAUCAAAAGGAAAAGGUCCAACCAAUAAGGAACCAAAUCCAAUUCCUCCACCGAUUUUCCAUGGUUUGGACACCCUAACCGUGAUGGGCAUUGCGUUUGCAGCAUUUGUGAUCGGAGCACUCCUGACAGGGGCCUUGUGGUACAUCUAUUCUCACACAGGGGAGACAGCAGGAAGGCAGCAAGUCCCCACGUCCCCGCCGGCCUCGGAAAACAGCAGCGCGGCCCACAGCAUCGGCAGCACGCAGAGCACGCCCUGCUCCAGCAGCAGCACGGCCUAGCCCGGCCCUGCCCGCCGCUGCCACGGCGGGGCCUGCCCGGAGCCCCCAACCCGGGAGGCUGGAUUUCGGUCCCCUUGUAAAGAGUGAGUGAAUUUCAGUGUAAAGAUCACCCGUUGUAUUCACCUCCCACCCAGGGCUAAUGUAGAAUCCAGGUGAGAAAGCUAAGGGGGUGGCCUUCUCCACCAGCCCUCACAGGCCUGGGGGUUUUCAAUGUGAAACAUGUUGCCAGUUCUUAAAAUGCUGCUUUGUCCAGUCAAGAACAUCCAUAAUUUGGGGCCCUGAGUUUUACCCAGACUCAAGGAGUUUGUAAAAGGAUAAUAGCCAGAUAGUAGAACGAACCAGUGAGGAGAUGUGGCCAAAGAUACUUUUAUACCUGAACCAAGAUGUAAAACAAAAGAAAUGCUUCAAGGCUUUGUAAGCGUUCCUCCAUGUCUAACGCGCACCUUCGUGGCAUGCGCACUUCUGACCUUGAUGCCACACCCCGUGGGGCCUGGCCCAUCCCCGUGGAUGGUGCCUGCGGGGACCGCAUCCUGACCCCAUCAAGGCAACAUUCCUUUCUUGUGCCCUGGGCCAAAACCAGUGCUGAUUACCUUAUCAGCUUCCUGUUUAUUCCCACACUCCAUACACCAACUGCAAAAAUGUCUUCAUGCAAAUGUUAUAUUUCUUAUAGGCAUAUGGAAAUAGAAAAUGGCCAAAAUCUAGAACCACAGAUAUGUGCCCAUUUCUGACAUUUUGUUCUGAUAAAUUAAUGUAUAAAUUGAGGCAAAAUUCUGUCAUCAAGUCAAGGAGAAAUUUGCACAGUGGUAUAUUUGUAUGUGUAUGUAAAUACAAAUAUGUAAUAUGUCAUCCGGCACAUUCAAAUUUUCCUAGUUGAAGAAGAGAAAAUUCAUUCCCCUUUGAAAAUGUCCUAUGUUUUCAGAGUUGCAACUUAUUCUUAAGUAUAUUUGGUAAGGUAAAUGUUUCUACACAAAACAUGUCAAUAUUUUUAAAAUAGGCCCUUUUGUAAAAACCAAACUCUUGUGAGAUGCAAAUGCACGGCAGGUCAUGUUGGAUUCCAGCUGGUUUUGAAUAGUGUUACCAGUUCUGCCAAGACAGUGCUGAGCUAUGGAAAAGGGGACUCAUUUGGAUUGCUUUAGUUCUCUUGCCUUAAAUAUAUCCCAAACUCAAAAAAGAUUUGAGGUGAAUUUCAUUAAAUGGAAUAAUAUGAUGCCACUUUGCAGCUAAAAUAAGCUCAGUGAUACCUCUACGUUAAAAAAGAAUGUGAGGGAAACUUCCAUGCCAAAUCAUUUAUUGCCGAACAUAGCUUCAUUGUAAGUUAUUUAGUUUUCUUUUCCCAAAAAUUCCCCUUAAAUUACUUAGAAUUUCAUAAGUAGAACAAAUUAGAUUUUGCUCUAAAAUAUUCAUAAGCAAAUCUCAACUCCCCUUAAAAUAAUACCUAUUCUCUGUGAAUGGAGCCUCAAGUAGGAAAUGUUGAUGAAACUCAAAACCUUAAGGCAGCGUCUACACCGCAAACACGUAGGUGGAGAAUGACAGUCAUUAUUUCCCAAUCUGAUUGAUUUGAUAGAUAUAGACAUUUAAUGGGGAUAAUUUUAACCAAAAAAGAUUACUGUAGAGCUGAAAUUUUUGAUCUAUCCAAAUUGAUAUAUUGAAAAUUUUUCAGAUAUCCACAUAUGAGUAAAGAAGACAUGAGGUUAGAAAAUUUUUUUCCUUUAAUUUUUUUUUAAUGUAAGGGUAUCAGAGUGGAGGACAUAGAUUACGCUACCUGUGUUUAAAAAUAAUGCGCUUUGCCUAACCUUCAGCAGAAUGUAUUGUUUUAGCAUAUUCUAUGUAUAAAAAAGUUUAAAGAUGUCUUCAAAGAAGACUAGAGUCUUUAAGUCACUUAUAGCUAUAUUUUACUACAAAAAUUUGUGUAUAAAGAUAUAUUUAAAUGUUUUAGAUAAAUUUAAGUUACUCCAUAAGAAAUGUUUAAUUUCAGCUACUGUGAAUUCUUUUGAUCAGUCCUUUGCUUUUUAAAAAACCCUUUCCAUGUUGUUAAAAAGAAAAUUAGCUAUCAGGUAUUAAAAGAUCCAUUUCUUAAAUGGGCAAAGUUAAAACCUUCUGUAAUAUAUUUAAAUGUAUAUUUUUAAGAGAGAUGCUACAUUACCAAUGAUUUUAUAAAUAAUUUAAAAUUUACACAUUUAUAGAUGCAAACCAAAAGAUUUUUUUUGAAAGAGAGAAAAAAAUUACCUUUUAUUUGUUUGGAUCUCAUCGUCAGAAGUAUUAUUUAGAUUAAGAAACCCAAGUUAAUGAAACCUGAUCCCAUAUUGAAGAGUGAAUGUAUUCCUGAAAUAUUUCUUAAAACAGAAUAUUAAAAAAUAAGGUGUUUUCUCCCUAGCUUCUUGUUGCAGUAUUUCUGAUUGCUUCAUAUUUCACAGUUUUAAUGUAAAGUACAAGCUCUACUUUUAUAACAUGUUCUGUAAGUUUCUUUAAAACUAUUGUUAUAUUUCAGUUGAACUCAUCUAUCUGCAUAGUCUUUUGUUAUUUUUGCAGGCUGCACCCUUAACUUGCAGAGGCCAUUUUGUUUUAUUUGUUUGGUGAUAAAGCUGUGUUUGAAAUGCUUUAAACUCCAAGGCAGAUUGUCUGUGUAAUAAGCUAUAGCCUUUCACCAUGUGGUGUUUACCAGCUGUUACUCUAUAUUUUAAAAAGCCAGAGAUUUCUUCUGUAUAAACCGUUUCUAUAGCAUUUUCUAAACAAAAAAAAAAAAGGGUCUUUUCCUUGUCUCAUAAUAAGAUUGUAAACCCAUUUCCUGCACGUGUUCUUAGCAGGCAUGAUUGUGAGCGUGUGUGGGGUGCGCACAUGCGUGCCAGUCUUUGUACCAUAACUACCUCAUGGUUUGAGUGAUGAUCGUACUGCUGGUUCUGUUAACAGAGCACAUUUUGUUGGGUGAGUCCUGUAUGUGGUAUUUUUUCCUGUUUGUUUUAUCUGGGGAUUGUUCAUGAAAUUGACAGAUGUUUUUCUAAAAAAGGACUAUUAUCAGUUUCCGAGUACAAUACUUCUCUCUUCUGGGUUUUCCUGAAUGAGCCUGAUUUUGUUGCUGUUUUUCAUCAUCAAUGAGGGUAAAAAGAGUACCCUUAAAAUUCCUGUGGCCAGUUUGAACACCCCUGUUGUAUUCUUUUCUCUGUUCAAUGUGUCCGCUGUUUUGUGAACGUGCUUAGAUGUAUAGUUUUGAUAACCACAAUUUUAAGUCCUUUAUCUGUGCAUAAUAAAAAGAUAUAUAUCCAUUAUUAA